AUUAUAUAAGCCCCAAAGUAUCAUAAUAAAGCACAUAUUCAGCAGCAUUAUUCACUGAUAUCCAGGUAGUUCUACAUAAUGGAUAAUAAGCUCUGUUGAAUAUCAGUUUUUUUUAGACUGUUCAAGAGAUAAACAGCGACAUGCCAAAAAGACUAGAUGCAAAUGGCAGACAUAUCAACGCCAAUGAGCGGCAAUGGUAUUCAUUAAGACGUCAGGACUCUGGCAGUGAGCAAGUACGGGAUGCAUUGAGCCUUCACAAAUCCAACACAGCCACUGUUCCAAAAUGGGAUGCAGUGAAACCAGCCAAUGUGCAGCAAUCGGGUGCAGCAACAACUCAUGAAUCCGACACAGCCAGUGUGCAGCAAUCGGAUGCAAAAAAUAAUCAGGAAUCUGGAACAGAGAAUACUCAGGAGACAGGCGCAGAGGAUAAAAGUAAAUCUAACGAAGAGAGAAAUCGUAGCAUACGGGAUUUUCUAUGUGUUGUGUGUCAUUGCCUCCCCAAUUUAAUUGAAAUGAUACAAAGUACUAUAGCUGGAGAAGGAGAAGAAUUAAAUAUAGGAGAUAUAGUAAGCAAUGCAGUAGAUCUCACAGAGUCAACCAUAGAAGUGGUGGAAGCUGUUGUUGAAGUUGCAGAAGAAAAAGGAAAUAAUCAGGAUUCCGGAGCAGAGGAUUCUAAGGAGUCUGGGGCUGAGACAGGUAGCGCCGCAGGGAAGUUAGCUUGUGCCCUUUGUAGUUGCUUCUCUAGUUUAUCUGAUGUGAUAGAAAGUGCUGCUGCGGGAGAAGAAAUAGAUAUAGGAGAAAUAGUAAACAAUGCAGUGGAUCUGGCAGAGUCAGUCGUAGACGUGGCCGAGGCUGGUGCUGAACUUGCAGCCGCAAAAGAUGCAAAUUAGAAGUGUCACACUCCGAGCUAAUGGGGCUACAUCGGGUCCAAUCAAACUUCCUCUCUCAUCCCACGUGAAUAGACCAGAUCUUGGCUCCUUAUAAAAGAAUGAAAACAAACAGAUUUAUUUUUAUAUAUCAGAUAAAUAAGAUAUUAUGACACGGGAGAUAUAAGAUACUGUUUCUCCUCCUCCUCCUGUUGAAGAAAUAUUUACGACAAGUUAAUCUGUUUAAUAGCAGAGACUGCCAAGUCAUUGUUACAAUGAUUUACAUUUCCACUUUGGAGUUUGCCUAUAGUGUAGGGCCCAUCAUUAUCAAGAAGUUCAUAGAUAAUUCUGUACAAAGGUCUCUGUAAAAUAAUAAUAUGUCCCAUUAAAGGAGAAGGAAAGGCUAAAAUUAAAUAAGCUUUAUCAGAAAGGUCUAUA